UCCCCCUCGGCCUCCUUCCCUCUCCAUUUUAAACAAAAAACACAAACCCUAACACACACUCACACACUUCCUCCCGGCCCUCUCGCUCGCUCUCAGACAAAUAGAAUGAAGAAGAAGAAGCAGAAGACGACCGACUCGUCGGCCGCAGCUCUUAUUCCUACACGUUCUACGGCCGAUCUCAAAGCCCUAAUUCAAUCUCACAGCGACUUCUUCGACAGGCUAAUCGAACUCAUCCCAGCAAGAUUCUACCUCCCACCUGAUGACGACGUUUCUGACAACCCCAAGCCCUACUUCCACGGCCUCUCCAAAGCUGCCAAAGCUUCCCUCAAACGCCAAUCCAAGCAAAACCUCAAACUUGCCCGCCGCAACCGCCUCGACCCGGACAAAAUCUCCCAUUCCUCCACCCUCGACCUUCUCAAACAAUCCCUGGACACCAGUGCCCAUGGCGGUGAGGUUGCUGAAAUACCCCCGCAAGACGUCCCGAGGGCUAUUGAUUUAGAGGAGAAGAAUGGUGGGGAUGGUAAUGAUGGUGAAAAGGGUCAAGAAAAGCAGGUUACUUACGAAGAAUUGCGUGAGAAAUUGAGGAAAAAGAUUGAGUUGUUACGCGGGAAUCGAGGCGAGGGGAAUAGGAGUGCUAGGAAGGGGAGGGAGGAUGAUAAGGAUAGAGAUAAUCAUAGAGGAGAAAAGAAGAGAAAGAGGGAUGGUGAAGGGAGCAGUGGGAAGGGUGUUGAAGUGGUGGAAAAUGACAGUGAAGAGAUAAUAGAGUAUGGGAAAGUGAAGAUAGGGGACGAUGAGAUGGAAGGGAAGAAGAGGAAGAAGAAGAGGAAAAUGUCGAAGGUGAAGGAGUGGGAUAGAGCUAAGCGGUUGGAGGAGGUCAAGAAAGAGAAUCCCAGGGUAGCAGAGAGGGAAUGGUGGAGGGCAGCUGAGAAUAGGGCAAUGGGAGUGAAGGUGCAUGACGAUCCAAGGUUGUUGAGGGAGAGUAUGAAGAAGGAGAAGAAGAGGAAGGAAAAAAAUGCAGAGAAGUGGAAGGAGAGGAUUGAGGGCCAGGAGAAGGCUAAGGAGGGGAAGCAGCAGAAGAGGAAGGAGAACAUUGAAGGGAGGAUUAGGGAUAAAAAGAUGAGGAAGAUUGCUAAAAGGGAGAAGAAGCUCAUGAGGCCUGGGUUCGAGGGGCGCAAGGACGAGUACAUUACGAAAGAUUAAGAUUCUCAUUUCUUUUUGGUGCCUGUUGAUUUGGGUUGUGCAAUAUCCCAUGCUCAAAUAGUGAUGUCUGCAACAAGGCGGUUCUGGUCUUUUGGUGUUAUGUGCGUAUCAUUUAGGUAGAUUUCUGAUAUCCUCCUCCUCAGAUGUGUUAAAGAGUUGAGAUGAUCCUCAGUCUCUGCAUUUUGGCCCGUCAUAGUCAUGAGAUCACUACUCCAUACAGGAUGUUGAGAGCUGGUCUAUGCAGCGUAAUUGAUUUUUGCCUUUUGUAUUUGUUACUGAUGUAACCAUUGAUAGUGUUGCCACAAUAUUUGUUACUGAUGGAACCAUUGAUAAUCUUGCUACAAAAUUCAGCAUUCCUCUUGGCUAUGAUUCUUUUUUUUUUCUUUUUAUAAGUUAGAGACUUUCCAGCUGAGCUUUAUAUCAAUUAGACUAUAAAUUACUAUCA